GCAAAACAAACGUCAACCGGGGGUAGAAACAACGAAAAAAGAAAAAUAUUCGAAGAAUGCGAGAGGAGCCGACGGCGGGUACCGCUGAUGCGACGCUCAAUAAACUGCUUCAAGCAGCCGAUUUAUCAGGCUACGAAUCAGAUCUCCGUCGAAAACUAAAACUACGAAAUGCUGCCGAUUUACAAUAUGUCGAAGAAGUCGAUUUGUUGUCUGUUGGAAUGAGCCGCCCGGAGCAAAAGCGCCUCCGAAAAGAAUAUACAAAAAUGUUUCCGUCUGGAAUUUUUGGAAAAGUGAAAAAAGCAUUCAAAAGGGCGGAAAGUUUGGAUCGAAAAACUUCGAAUUCAGUUGCAAAUCAAGAUGAUAAUGAUCAUCAUGUAAUUCCAAUUGAAAAAAUAACGCUUUGCAAAGAGUUGGGACAAGGAGAAUUCGGGUCAGUUUGGCAAGCAGGAUGGAAGAAUUCAGCAGGAAGUGACGUCAUUCAAGUAGCCGUAAAAUGUGUUGGAUCUGAUAAACUACUUGCCACGUCAUCAUCAUUUUUACAAGAAGCUGCAAUUAUGACACGAAUGAGACAUGAACAUGUUGUUAGACUAUAUGGAGUUGUUCUUGAUACGAAAAAAAUUAUGUUGGUCUCGGAGCUCGCAACAUGUGGAUCUUUGCUGGAAUGCCUUCACAAACCGGCUCUCCGUGAUAGUUUUCCAGUUCAUGUUUUAUGUGAUUAUGCUGAACAAAUUGCAAUGGGAAUGUCAUAUCUUGAAUUACAAAGACUCAUUCAUCGAGAUCUUGCCGCAAGAAAUGUGCUCGUUUUCUCACCGAAACUUGUGAAAAUAUCAGAUUUUGGACUAUCGAGAUCUCUUGGAAUUGGUGAAGAUUAUUAUCGAAGUGAAUUUACACCGAAUCUUAAGCUUCCUAUUGCUUGGUGUGCACCGGAGUGUAUUAAUUUUUUAAAGUUCACCUCAAAAUCUGAUGUCUGGGCGUACGGAGUAACAAUCUGGGAAAUGUUUUCCUAUGGAGAAAUGCCAUGGAAAGGACGAUCGGGAGCACAGAUUCUUGAACUUGUCGACAGGAAAAAAGAGCUUCUUACAAGACCAAAAGCAUGUCCAGAAGAUAUUUAUGAUAUGUUAAAGGAAACAUGGACACAUCAAGUACAGGAUAGACCCACAUUUUCCGAUAUUGUCGCUAAAUUUCCGGAAAGAAGAGCACAAUCUGUGAGAGCUGUCGUGGAUUGUAAAGAUUCGGCCGCCGAUCAUUUACAUUUUAAAAAAGAUGAUUUGAUUGUUGUUAUCAGCCGAUCACCAGCUCAAUAUCCUGACGGUUACUAUUGGUUCGGAUCUUUACGCAACGGAAAACUGGGAUUAUUCCGUCCAACGGAUACUGUAGCUCAUCUAGGAUCCGAACCACCGUGCUCAAAUGGAACAAUUGAAAAUGGAUUCAGUGAGAAAGAAAAAGGUGGAAAAAAGAACAAAAAAGCUGAAAAAGAAAGUGAACGAGAACGUAAGAAGCUUCUGAUAAGUGAACCAGUCGGAGAUGUCCGUCACACGUGUCACGUGGGUAUUGAUGGAACUGCAUUUGGAUUACUACAAUUGGAUAAGAAGGCAAUGUGCCCGACUUCAUCGUCACCGUCAACGUCGAGAGGAUCACAAGCUUCGCCUGCGCCUUCUCAUACCUCAUCCUCCACCACUUCAUCAGUACAUCUCCGUGAAACAGUUGCCCGUAAUGGUGUCCCAAUUAAAGAGACAAUGUCUCUUCGUGACGUCGGACCCCUAAGCCGUGAUGCUCUAAAUCUCCGGGAUACUGUAUCACCGCCUGUGGCUCGUGCUCCUUCACAACCACCGUCUUAUUCACAGCCACGACCCCCUCCACGCAGUGUCUCUUCGGUUUCUUCUGGAAAUCAACAUUCUGUUCAAGUUCAUGAUCAAUUCUCAUCACUUGAUCGAUCGAGGGGAUCUUUGACACCAACAGCUCCACCGCUUACCGCAUCGGCAGCAAAUUCACUGAAGGAUCCAUUAACUGGAAUUUCUCUUUCAAUUCCAUCAAAUAAUCUGAUAAGCUAUAUGGAUGAUCAGGAAGAUGAUCACCGAUGGACAAGAUCUCCAGGAGCAAUUAGUCAAUCAACUACACUUACUGCAUUGUCAUCAAGCAGGAAAGAUCCCAUCCCGGCACCACGUGGCCCAGUUGCAGCGGUUUAUGCAAGAGGAAAAGACAUUCCGACGCCUGCUUCAAAAUCCGACAUAGCUCUUUGCGAAAAGAUUGAAGAUUUAAAUCGAGAUCUCACCAACUAUUCAAUCGGAACAAUUUGUGAUUAUUCUGAAGAUCGACCGCUCCUAGAUUCAAUGAAUCGAACGAUUUCCUCUUCCACAACACAUCAGCCACCACCACAAUCAUCUGAAGCUCGAAUAAGAUUUAUGACAGAACAAGAAGUACGAAAAAUCAAUGAGAAAUCGGCACGAGAACACCGGAAAACUGAGGAUUUAUUGAGAGAAGAACGACAAAAAGAACAAAAACCAGGGGAAAUUGAAGAGCCUCAGCAGCCAGCAGAAAGUCUGUACUCCACACGGACUCCACAACAAGAAGGAUGGUCUUCAGCUGCCCAAGAGGCUUAUAAGCUUCUUGUUGAGUGUGGAACUAAUCUGAAACAGGCUUCAGUAUCCCCGCCGCCAAUGUCACCGACAUCCUCCCGAUUAUCGACACUCGAUCGAUCAAGCAUCUCUCCAGCACCACCACGACCUGUAACUCCACCGCUUUCAGUCAGAAAUGAGACAAUUUCGAUGAGAAAAUCGCAACAAGAGGAGAUGGAACAUGUGACUGUUGAGGAGAAUUCUCCAAAAAGAGUACACAUUAUUGAGACUAAGCUUAUCGAUGGACCAGCAAGAGGAAUGAGUCCUAUUCAGGACCGCCACAUUCCGGCUUUCACGACUCCAAUGUCAAAUGGCUCAUUUCGUAAGGCUCCAGCUCCAACACCGGUUUCUCCUGCUCCUGCUGGCUCAACAGAUCAAAAGCCUCCGCCGUGCCGACCACCAAAAACCCGCCAAUUCCCGUUGGUAAUCGACGAACGAAAUCUCGCAUAUGAUAAUUUGAAUGGAUUUGGAGCCGGAGCUCGAGUUGCUCCACCGGUACCUCCAAAACCAAAAGUCAGAACAAUUUUCAGUUUUGCCGACGAUCAGAAGAAGCAGAAAGAGGUCGCCAACUAGAUGAUCUGCUGAUUUGGCGGAAUUUUGAAUAAUUUCGAAAGUUUUAUCUUCAAAUUUUAGGGCAGAAAUUCAUAAAUAUUGUUAUUUUCUCCCAUGUUUUCCUACAUGUUUUCCAUCCCGCUCAAUUAUUUAUAUACCGGUGAUUCUUUCCCAUUUCCCUAAAAUAUUGUUUUCGCCCAGAUGUUUGAUUUUUCCCCAAUUUUACGACUGUUUCUUGUUGAAUAUUCGUGUACUCUUUUAUAUAACCAAAACUAAGAAAAUUUCUAUGUAUUCCAGUAUUAUCAUAUAUUUACUUUAUUCGCAUAAUCUUCUUUCUCUUGUUUCGUGUACUUCUCAUUGUGUGCUCAAAUGUCUAUUUUUCUAGAAAAGUUUCGAUAAAAUCUUGAUUUUAA